GUUAUCAGCUGAUUCGCAGAUGUAUUCAUUUAACACAACAGAGCGCUAUUAAAUUAAGUUUAUAUAAAUAUAAAUUUUUAGUUGGAUUAAUAAUAUGUCGCAACUUCGACGAGAAGCGUUAAGAGCGUUUAAGAAAUUACAUCGCACAAGGCAAUUCGUGUUCCAAGGCGACGAGCUUACAUUAAAAGCCGGGCGUAAAGAAAUAAAUGAGCAGUUUCGGAAAAACCAAAGUGAAAAAAAUGAAGACGAAAUAAAAAAGAUGAUACAACUGGCCCAUGACGUUGACAAUGAACUGCGCACAAGCGUUAUACAAGCCGUUCAGGAGGAAGAAGGAGUAUAUAAAUUACGUAUUACGGAAGAAACGACACGAUUGGACAACGUUGUUUUUAAUCCAGAUGCUAUAAUUGAGAAGCCAACAUCCCGAAAUCGUAAAGGAAAUUCUAUGGGAGGCUGUUGUGGAGGACAAAACGCUACAAAAAACUAAAUCAAUAAAUCCCAAGUACUGAAAUCUUGUCAUUUUUAAAAUCGAUGUGAAAACAAUAACACAAUUUAUAAUAAUAAUAAACAACUUUAUUAUUUCCUA